AUGGACGGCUGUACAGCGGUUGUUGAGAGGGCGGGUUCGUCCACUUCACGAAACAAAGAUUCCCAAGUAAUCAAGAAGCUUGAACGACUCGGAGGCCGGCCGUGGAAGCGAGAAUGGCACAUGCUCAAUCUCCUCACUUCCUUCCUAUGGAAACAACCGUCAAUGCAAGCAGCCGACGUCCAUCAACACACAGUGUGGUUAUUCGACAACACCGCUUACCAGCGUGUCACUCCCAAACCCGCCGGACAAAGACGAUGGCAUGCCGAAGUUGUCGCUUGUAUAUUCGAGAAGGAUAGCCGCAAAGAUAUCAGCAAAAUCGUUGCAACGAUCGCAGAUCUGAUUGGUCUUGACGGAGAAGUAGGUACCGAGAGGGAAACGCGCCAUCGGAUGGCCGAACGACUGCGGCCAUUCUUGCAUCAUGUUGCGUCGUCACACUUGAUGAUGCUUGAAACCCCUCUGCCAAACAACACUGCGCUCAUUCGACAGAUCGGGCCUACGGAUGGCAGUGGCAUUACCAGUCAAGUAGUGACUCUAAGCAACAAACACAUCGCCGAUGGGUCCUCGCUACCAUCAUAUCUCCGAGGCUGGGGAGGCAACGUGUCCAUGAACACUGUCUUCGCAGGACCGGAAGGCUGGCUCGUCAUAUCCGACAUCGACGACACGAUCAAAUACACGAAAACUUCCGAGUCGACCGGGAUUCUUCGCACGACCUUUGCAGAGGAGCCAAUGCCCAUCGCGGGAAUGCCUGAACUUUAUUCCCGUAUCCACAGGGAGCUCGCACCAGCAUGGUUCUACCUAUCAGCGUCUCCUUACAACCUGUACCCCUUUCUACGGGGGUUUAUCCAUGAUCACUUCAGACCUGGCACGCUGAUCCUUCGGGAUUCGUCAUGGAUGGAUGUCAGUGAGUUGGUCAAAUCCUUCACCGUCAACACCAUGGAAUACAAGAUGGACCGGAUCAAAAAGAUCCGACGCUGGUUCCCUCAGCGCCAGGUCCUUUGCAUUGGCGACUCGACCCAGAAAGAUCCCGAGGCCUACGCCGAGAUCUAUAGGAAACACCCAGACUGGAUUCAAGCCAUCUGGAUUCGAAAGGUCACCGAUAUUCCCCAUUUAGAGGAGAAGAACUCCUCCGAGCGGUUUGAGGAGGCUUUUCAAGGCAUCCCAGGCAAUGUCUGGGAGGUAUUCGAACAACCCGAUGAAGUGGCAAGCCUUGUAGAUGAAUUGAAGAUCAACAACAUGACAUAG